GGACGACGUCACAAAAACUCCCGCCAUGUUCUUUCUGAAUUGUUAUUGAACUUGUUGAAUUUUGCACUGACGAUUAAUUACUUAUUAGAUCUACCGUCAGAACUUUAUUUUAAUAUUAUUCAAGUUUUUCUAUUCACAAGGGAACAUGUGGAACAAUCAAGGUGGAGGUUUUGAUGGAGGAGGUUUUCAGUCACCAGGCGGUUUUGGCACUCCUCAGCAGUCACAAGAAAAAAAGGGUCGUUCAAGGGCUCAGAAUGUUUUACCAUGUACAGUAGCACAGGUUUUUAAUGCAACACAUUCUGACGAAAAAUUUUAUUCAGAUGAAACGGAAAUGUUACAGGUUACAAUAGUUGGGUUAGUGAGAGCAGUAAAAGAAACACAAACAAGAUUAGAUUACGAGAUAGAUGAUAUGACUGGACCACCUAUUGAAGUAAAACAGUUUGUUGAUAAUGAUGAAAGUCUUCCAGCAGAAGAAAGGGUGCCAUCAAUGAGAGAAAAUACCUAUGUUCGUAUUUGUGGUCAUGUAAGAUCGUUUGGUGGUAAAAGAAGUGUUGUAGCCUAUAAUAUGAGUCCUAUUACUGAUAUGAAUGAGCUGACUUGUCACAUGCUAGAAAUUAUACACAGUCAUGCAUUUAAUGCUUCGUCUGGCCAAAACACGAAUCAGACAAGUUAUGGGGGUGAUAAUAAUAUGUCAAUGAAUCAAGGAUCAUACAAUAGUGGUGAUGGUGGAAAUAUAUUAGGAUUAACUCCUUUACAAAAUCAGAUUCAUCAAGUUAUCAAGAAUAAUCCAUCAGAUACAGGAGCGAGUGUUGUUUCAGUCUGUCAAACAUUACGAGGAAUACCAGAGAAAGCAAUCAAGGAUGCAAUCGACUUUCUGAGCAGUGAAGGACAUAUUUAUUCUACAAUAGAUGAAGAUCAUUACAAAGCAACUGAUGGUUGAACUUAUUUCAAAUGUGAAUCAUUAAAUCGUUGUAAAUAAACAAUCACAGAGACAGUUUUAAAUAAACCCCCCAAACUAGAAAGUAUAGUUUGGAAUAUACAUGAUGUUAUGUAAUGUGAGAAUAAGACAUUCAAUUAUAAACAUACACUUGUUAUAAAAUAUCAGUAAAGAUAUGUACAUAUA